AUGGCGUACAACUCCCCGUUCCAGGCGGUUCCUUCUCCUCAGACCUACCCGGGUGUAUCCGCUUUGGUGGACUUCCGGGAUGGCAUCCAGAUCGUUGAGGACGAGGCGGAGCUUGACCGCGACGUGCUCCCAAGUUUCCUGCAGAGGAACGGCCGCAAGGGUGUUUCUUCCAGGGGCAUCGCUGGCAAGUACCAUGACGACGACGAUGAGCACGAGGAUGCGGAGGAGGAGACGGUGAGCGCCUCCGCGGAGGAUGUCCGCAGCAUGGUGGAGGAGAACCUCCGCCGGAACUGCAAGUCCCGCUAUUCUUCCUUGUCUGCGCUGGCCGGCAGAUCCGGCGAUUCUUCUUUGAAGUCCUCCUCCGAGGGGAAGCUUGACAAGAAGGCGGACCAUGAAGACAUCCUGAAGAACGUCCGCGAGAGCCUGAAGGAGAUCCGGUUGAAGCUGUCCGGCGAAACUCCCGGGGGUUUAAAGGAGAGCUUAAAGGAUAAGGCGCCGCUGCUCUUCUACCGCGCCCAGCCGCAGGACCAUUGGAUCAACCGCCUCGUGUCCUGGCUGGACCCGCCGUACGUCCACGUGGAGCUGAGGUUCGAGGAUGGGAUGGCGUCGUCGAUCUUCGCUGGCGAGGUCCUCUUUUUCCGCCCCCGCAGCUUCGCCAACCCGCACUACCACAUCGAGACCCUCACCGCGGAGGAGAGGGGAUAUCAGGAGAUGUACCUCUACUGCCAGCGCCGGGCGGCCCAGAAUGUCAGGUUCGACAACCUCGGCCUUCUCCUCGCCGCGCUGCCUUUGUACACCCGGACCCCGAUCGACCGCACCUUCUGCAGCCGGCACGUCGUCGAGACCCUCCAGAUGGGGAACGUGCCGGAGUUUUUGCUGCUAUCUCCCCACCGCACCACCCCGACGAUGAUCUUCAAGGCCGCGAAGAACUCCGGCAGGACGUUCUUCUCCAGCGUCCCGUUCAAGAUCAGCAUGCUGGAGAGGAGCCAGGCGGACCGCCCCAGGACAAAGGAGAGGACGUCGGAGGGCGUGGUGGAGGCGCACGCCGUUGAUGCUACCCAUGAAGGAGAGGUAGAGCUUGGCCAUCUUUUCGUCGACGCAGCGGUGGCCGGUCUCCUGAUCGACGGAAACGACGCACUCCCUCACUUCGGCGGCGAUCCUGGACAUCUCUCUGACGCUCCUGGCCGCCACCAUGUUGGGGCAGACCAUGUGGGAGUGGAUGUGCAGCCUGACGCCCUCCCGGGUCAUGCCGCAGUCCGGCCACUGGGCGAGAAGGUUCUCGUGCACCUGCGCGACGAUCUCCUCCUCCGACAUGAGCAGCGCCGAGUCCCGGAUAAAGUCCAUGACCGCCUGCAUGUAGGAGCAGUCCGAGCUGCAGUAGCGGCAGAACCAGCAGCCUUCCUGCAAGUUUUGACUGUCCUCCAUUCUCUGGUCCAUCAUUCCGUCCAUGCCCGCAGGCUCCUUCCUCCCGGAAACGCGAAAUCGCGUUUUAUACUUCUGGCACGGCUGUCCACCAACCCGUAUUUAGGACACUGCCUUCCGCGGGAUGGUAAGUACGGCCUUAUGACCACCCACGUUCCCUUCUACACCUACGGGCCGGUCUUUGGGCCGAGCGUGUCUGGUGGGAUGGAUCCCUGGGGUAUGGUUCAGGUUGGUGUUUCGGUGAAAGGCAGGAAGCCGUUUGGUAGGGUUAACGGGGAUAACCAAAAAGUUCAUAAUGUGAAACAACCAACCUUCAAGCCAAAUACAGAUCUCAUGAAGGAAAAGAGGAAAGUAAAGAAGGAUGAACACAUGAAUGUGACGAGAAAGGAAGAUGUCAAACCAGCCAAACAUGAAACAACCUUCACAUUCCCCUCGAAGCCCCCCGCCCCCUCUAAGCCCCCCGUCUUCCUCCGCCCCCACCGCGAGGAGAUCGACCUUCGCUUCCGGGCGAUGCGGGAGAACCAGAGGUACACGCUUCUAUUGACUCACAGGAGUGGGGAGCGGGAUGCUUCCCAGGGGAUGCCGAUGGGCCCCGUCCUGCAGUACGACGACAGGCUCCUGGAGAAAUCAUCCCCUGCCCCGGUUCCCCCGUCCUUCAACGUGGAUAGGCACUUCCUCCCCGGCUGGCGCAAGCACCGCCCUCCCCUCCACAACAAGCGGCGCUGGCUCCGGUCUUACUUUGGGUACCUGCCCUGGCGCGGUGUGAGGGAUGAGCUCAAGCUCGUGGACAAGGAGGACGUCACCACGACCACUCCGCACGACCUCGCAUGCUUCUUUGCCGCCCUCUUCAAGCUCCAUCAGCUGUCCGUGGAUGGGGAGGACCUCCCCCUGAAGGCCGCCGUGUACGGCGCUGGAUGCGGUGGCAGCACCGUCCCUCUGGCGCUGCUGUCCGAGAUGGUCUACUGCGUCGAGUGGAAGCAAAAGGAGUGCAACGAGCUGCGCAAGAACAUGAACACGAUCCUCGGGCACUUUGGUGUCAGCCCCUCUCGGGUGGGUGUCAUCCGGGACGACUUCACGCAGUUUGCCCUCCCCUUCAAUACACAGUAUCUGCUGGUGUCACCGACGUGGGAGGAGAACGGGGACGAGCCCAACGACCGCGUGUAUUGCGGGCUGCAGCGCACUCCCGUGGAGGAGGUUGUUUCCAAUGCGUUCGAGAUGAGCCAGGGUCUGAGGAUGGCUGUAGUUCACCUCCCUGUCACCAUCGAUCGGCAGGCCCUGCAGAAGCACUUCAACGAGAAGAAGCUGAGGUGUGUCUUUCGCCCCUUCAUGGGCCCCAGGGCCGUUCUGCGGACCCUGUCCUCCAGUCGAAACCCGAGUAUCGGGGGUGUACAGGAUGAAGGGAUGGACCCACUCUUGGAGAUGCUCUCGGAGAUGGCCAUGCCCUCGGGGGAGGAUCCGGUUGUUCCCACGGAUCAGCAGUGGAAGGAGAUGCAGAAGAAGAUCGCGGCGACGAUAGGCAACGCUGGUGACAUCAAUGCUGCCAUCGACACCCUCGUCCGCGGCUACCAGAAGCCCGGCGGGAUCAUGCGAAACUACCUGCGGGCGGUGAGCAGGGGUGUCUUCCAGAAGCCGCUGACGUUGGAGAGGCUCGACCCCUCCGGCGAUGACUUUGACGGCUACAGGCCGGUGAAGCGGUACCUGCAUAACAUCGCGAUGAUUGUCACCCGGGAUGAACCCUACCAACUCCCGGACCGCCCUGCCUGGACCUCCCGCGAGGAGCACGCCGCCUCUGCCUCCCUCCAGGCCGUCGAGAUGGAGCAGAUGGCGAGGGCGCUGCAGCUCGGCUUCAAGGCGGAGCCGGAGAAAGUGCUCGCUGCCACCCACGCAGCUCGGGCGGCUUUGCCGAUCGUCUGGAAGGACGACAUGGAUGUCGGCGAGGUCAUCGGGAGCCUUAUCAAGGCGUACCAGCUCAUCGGCGCCAGCAACGCCCCGUACCCUUACUCCGCCCGGUCCGACGCCGACCCCACUGAGCGCAGGGCCAGGGCGCUGUUCCGGGAAGUGAAGCGCGGGGAGAGGGAGGAGGCGAGGAUGACGGCCGAGGAUGCGAAUGUGGUGAAGAAGCACAAGAAAGUUACCGAAUCCUUGGAGGAUAUCAAGGCUCUUAUCCAGGAAGACAACGAGGUACUGAAGCAUGUAAAAUUAAGGCUCAAGGAAACUAGAGAAUUUUGGAAUCGCCUGCAAGAAAGGGUUCCACGCGUAGCACCCAGGAAGACACCCGGGGGCAACAAAGAGAAUCCAUCAGCCGUGGACGGAGGGGCUGCGGACACAGACGAUGCGCUCUUACAAGAGAUGAAGAGAGUUAAGAACAUGAUCAGAGAACUGGAGAGGGAGAAAGAGCAAUUGGAGAAUGACAUACAGGAGUCUAUGGAGGAAGAGAAGGAGGUGGAAGAAGAGAUGAAAUCAAUCACUAGCAACCAUGACGACAGGAGUAUGCCAGCAACAUCGGAAUCCCGCAUGUCCAGGGCCUACGUGUCCCCCGAGGAAGACAGCCUCUUCGCCAUCACGCAGGAGGCGCUCAGCGCGGUGUCGAUCCAUCCGAAGCAGGAGGGCCAGGCGCUGGGUGCGACCUGGACUUCCAGGAAGGUGCGCGACAGCGAUCUGGACCUGGCGAUCCGGAGGGUGGACAAAGCGGUGUCGGCGCUGCAGGGAGGCACUCCUUUCCAAGUAAGUCAAACAGCAUCCGCGUGCCUCCACCAGGCGCAGGCCACCCUGCAGGCCGCCGCGGAGACCUUCGCGGACACUGCCGAGUUGCAGAAGGCCCACGACGCGCUGGAUGCCCUUGUGAACGACAUGCAGCUGGCGUUCUCGGGUGCGCUGCGUCCCGUGGAGGUCAGGGCUGACGAGCCCGACGAGGAGGCAGCCGCGCGCUACCGGAACCUGCACGUCACGCACGCGAACAAGGCGGUGCGGGGCUUCGUGCGGGCCAUCCGGGCGUACCGCUCCAAGGUCCUGCACACCGCGGAGGAGCUGUACCCGCGGGAGUGCGAAGACUGGGUCGACACGCUCGCCACCAUCCACGAGACGGAGAACGCGGUGAUCGCCGCGGGGGAGACGGCGCUCGGGGUGAGGAAGCUGGCCAGCGACCUGGCGGCCAUCGACCCUUCCCGUCCCGGCGCGGCCAGGAGGAGGGAUACGCUCUCUUUGAAUUUACAGAAAUCCACCGCCGCGCUGAAGGAGCAGGUCGCCGCCUACCACCGCGUCCGGCAGCCAUCCUCGCAGAAACCCCAGGCCCUACUCGACGGCAUGGUGGUGAACGAGAUGCUCCGGACCGGUUUUGCCUGGCGAGACCCGGCGGUGAAGGCGCAGGAGGAGCGCUGCGGCCGGGCGCAGGCCUGCAUCCGGCAUUACUCCGCGGUGAUGUCCACAUUGCUGGCGGCGGGGCUGGACCCUUCUAGGAUUGAUGCCGGGAGGGUUGCGCUCCAUGGGCAAGUAGGGCCGGAGGUGGCGGCCGGCCUCGUCCUCCGCCGCGCCACGCAGCGCAGCAACAUCCAGGCGCUGGGCAGGGCCAUGGCCGAGGUGCGGGACACGGGCUACUCCGGGACGGACAUCGAGCGCCUCACCCUCACGGACACGGCGCUGCAGAACCUCCACGCCAUGGUCCACUGGGUGGAGACGCUGGACCCCAGGCAGGCCGCGGAGCGGGUCGGCAGCGCCCUGCACGCCCCCGGUGCCCCCUUCACGGACGAGCAGAAGCGGAGCAUCGCGGAGGCCGUCAAGACCGUCCCGAGGCUGAAGCCCAUCCGUUCGCGGGUCUGUGCUCUCCGGGACGCGGUCGACACGGCGCUGCAGAGGGGCGUGUGCACCGCUGACGCCCUCGAAGCCCUCGACGCCCUGUCGCACAUGGGCGAGGCGGAGGACCUUGCGGAGAUCGUCGCCCCCAACGCCCACCCCGCUGCCAUCUCACUCAGGAGGCUGCUGCGGGUGUCGCAGGACAUCCUGUCUGACUUGUCCAGUGAGGGCAGCCCCUUCGUUCCCGACACGGUGAUGCAGAUGUGGAGGUCGUACCUGGAUGACUUCCUGUCGUCCCCCGCUGGAACCACCGACCUGGAGGUCCUGGAGGUGAUGAUGCAGGACAAGGCCUUCGGACCCAGCAUGCUAGCCGACUGCCAGGCCCUCGUGCAGCAGCAGCAGGACCUGGCUGCCAAGGUCUUUGACGGCUACAUCGCCGCCUACACCACCCUGGGCGCCCUGUACGACGCCUACUCCCGCUGCCUCCGGAUCGCUUCCACGCUCCCGGACUUUGCAUCACAAGAUGACUCCACCAAGUAUGAAACCCUCUCCCUCGCCGACGAUUGCGCCGCCGCCGCCUACGAGACGGGCCUGCUCGCAGAGGACAUCCGCGAGAUGCGCGGCGUGGUCGGCGAGAGCAUCCGGCACAUGCACGGGGUGUGCGACGUUCGCGGGCUCAUCUCCGAGCUCAAGAUCAAUGUCUCUGUGUUGCUGCGCGAUCAUAAGGGGCUAUGGAUCGACAUGCUCAUGCCCAAAAUGUGGAUAAGAGAAAGCGACUUGUGCGAGAGCUUGCACGACUCGGCCGUGAACAACGAAAAAUAG